CGUCAAUUAGAACACAUCUCUGCAAUAUCUAUUACCCAACAAGCUUGAAAUUGAAUUUCAAUUUGGCAAAAUCCAGUACAACUAUAUAACCUUUUGAUCUUUCUUUUAUACUAUUGUAUCCAAUUAUGCGUUUUCUCUCGCUCACUUUUGGUCUCCUCGCUGCCGCGGCCUCUUACGUGGCCGCUUCAGGCGACGAGGUCAAAGUCGACGUCACCAACGCGGUCGAAUGCAAUCGUAAGACUGAAAGAGGAGAUACAAUUGAGGUGCACUACCGAGGUACUUUGGCCUCGGAUGGCAGUCAAUUUGAUUCCAGCUACGACCGUGGCAGCCCCCUCUCAUUCACGGUCGGUAAGGGCAUGGUCAUCAAAGGCUGGGAUGAAAAUCUACUUGAUAUGUGCGUUGGCGAGAAGAGAACUCUUACGAUCCCACCUGCGUUUGGCUACGGUGACCGCGGCGUCGGACCUAUCCCGCCCAAGGCUACUCUGGUUUUCGAGACCGAACUGGUCGGCAUCCGAGGCGUUUCAAAGGACGAGCUAUAGAUUAUAUAUGGAGAUUUACCCGGCACAUAUCUACAGACGAAUUGUCGAUUCUUGACGACCGAGACCAUCUCAUAUUGAAAUAAAAUACUCUUUUGUGGUAGCUAGAUGCAAGGGUCAUAUAAUAUUUCUAUGUCCUUAUGACAUUGGCCAUUUCCUCGGACAUUCAGGUCCAUGAUGUGCUCUAGUGUUAGGUUUAUGUGUAUCCGAACUUGUUGUUUAAUCCUCCAUAGCUGAUUGUUCCAUGACCUCUACGCCAUUCUCCAAUUCUCUGAUUCUUUGUCCAGCUCUGCGCUUUACCUCCGCACUGACUUCGGGGUCAGACGUUUCUAGUAUCCGAUUGUACGUCUCAAGAAGCUUUGUGAGUUCUUCUCUGGCCGCUGCUCGGUCGUCCGCAGCAUACACCGUCUUCUUCUCGGUUUCCUCGACCGCGAUAUCAAACU